GGCGUUCGGCAUACGCGGCGCAGUGUGAUUUGUCGGUGUUGCAUAAUCGGCCGUGAGCCAGCUGUGCGAAACGGUGAUCGCAAGCGAACGGAGAAAGCGUGGAUCGGCCUGCGGGCGAAUUUCGGCAACGUGUGACGCUACGACAGCUCGACGACAGUGCCUCCGGCGGACCAAGAGAUAUGCCGCAGAGUGCAGGCGCGCGUUGCUAGCAUUGGCAAGGAUGCGGAAUCGAUUGCUGCCGACGACAGAUCGGUAACGAACGGUAGCGAGCAGCGCGAUAGCGUGUCAGCGAGGAACAUGUCGGCGAUAAAGGGUAGCGGCACGCCGGGUGCACCGCGCCAGCUCAACGUCCUGAAUAACUUCAAGUAUGAAUAUUUCGUCGCGGGCAUCUCCGGUGGUGUCGUCUCGACCCUGAUGCUGCAUCCGCUGGACCUCAUCAAGAUCCGAUUCGCAGUGAAUGAUGGUCAUACGAAUUCAGCACCACGGUACAAUGGCCUCAGGAGUGCUCUCGCACAGAUCGUUAAAACCGAAGGAGUACGUGGACUUUACAGAGGUGUGACGCCGAAUAUUCUAGGAUCAGGCAGUUCGUGGGGUUUCUAUUUCUUUUUCUAUAACACGAUAAAAACUACGAUCCAAGGAGGCAACUCGAAAAAACCACUCGGACCGUCCAUGCACAUGUUUGCCGCCGCUGAUGCCGGAGUGCUUACCUUGCUCAUGACUAACCCGAUCUGGGUGGUGAAAACGCGGCUGUGUUUACAGUAUGCUGAAGACGUGAAUCUAGCGGAAUCCAAGAAGUAUCGUGGAAUGGUAGAUGCUUUAAAGAAGAUUUACAAGACGGAGGGCAUUAGAGGCUUAUAUAAAGGUUUAGUUCCUGGUUUGUUCGGUGUUUCACACGGUGCAAUACAAUUCAUGGCGUACGAAGAAAUGAAGAAUAAAUAUUAUAAUUAUCUAAACGUACCUAUCGACUCAAAGCUGAGUACAACGGAGUAUAUUGUCUUCGCGGCAAUAUCAAAGCUGAUUGCUGCAGCGUCGACAUAUCCCUAUCAAGUGGUGAGGGCAAGACUUCAGGAUCACCAUCACGACUACCGGGGUACCUGGCAUUGUAUUCAAUGCACAUGGAGGUAUGAAAGUUGGCGUGGCUUUUACAAGGGUUUAGGCGUAAACCUCACCAGAGUGACCCCAGCGACAGUUGUCACAUUUGCGGUCUACGAAAACAUGUUACAAUAUUUGAAAUCCAGGAGUGCUGAAGAAAUAAUUGCUGUGCCUGUUCCUGCAAUUAACAAGCAGAAGGAGUAAGAUAAAACAGGAGAAUGGGAACCUCUGCAAGUGAAAUUUGGACUUGCUUAGGGCCGCAUAAGUCCGAUUAUGUUUUUGGUGAUAUAUACACCAAAAUGUGUACAGAAUGAAACUGUUACUUAUAAAACUGUAUUACAAAGAAUAAUUUACAAUUUUUACGACUUAAGACACAAACUUUGAAGGAUAUAAAGAUUUAAAUUUGUUAUUGAAAAUGACAAGAGUUAAAACUAAUUUGAAAAACGUAUAUAAGAAGAGGAAUUGCGAAUAUUUAAAACAACAACUUUGGAAAAGCUUAGCAAAUUAUAUUUUAAUAAUUUUUGAAACGAAUAAGUAGGGGACAGAUAUUUUUCAUAUUUUUAUACGUUCUAUACGUGUCAUGUGGCCUACGCUAAAUUUUUCGUUCAAGUUAGUAACGCAUUUUAUAUGCUUGAUAAUUUUUUAAAUUGUAACUUUAUAUAAUAUGCCUUAUAAAUAUAUAUGACAAAUUUCACAACAAUGUGAAUCAAAAGUCAUGUUAAAUCAGCACGGUAUGAAAAAUAUUAAAUCUCGUAUAUUAUAAUUGUAGCUACAACUUUUUAGAAUUCUAUUGAUUUAUCUAUUUUAUGAAUAUGAUAGUUACAAAUAUGAUAGCAGAAUUUUUUUAAUCUCAAAUCUUCAAUUGGUUAAAUAUGCAGUUUUCUCAUUGAUGGAAAAUUAUCAUAACAAAUGACUUUAAGAUUUUAGAUUGAGACUGAUUGUUAACGUAAUAGUAUUUAUAAUGUAUAUAAAUCAGAAUUGGAAUUUAGUUUCAAUUUUCAGCCAAUUUUCAAGAUAGAACUAUCUCCCCUCUUUCUUCUUUUGUUUCAAUUUUCAGCCAAUUUUCAAGAUAGAACUAUCUUUCCUCUUUCUUUUUUUCCUCUACCCAUCAUGUCUUGCUGGCAACAAGUCAUAAGAUGUAUGUAUAUAACAAAACCGCGUCACAUUUCUGCUUCAGAAGCGAUUAUACAUGAUGUAAUUUAAAUGUAAGUCGUCAUAUCUCUCUUAAUGUUAUUCAAGAGUCUUCUUUAAAAUUCUUUUUUUUUUUAAUU